ACCUCUCCCAGGUUGCUUAGCGCGACUGGCAUGGCGGCUCCCUAAGGCCGCUUAGUGCACAUGGGUUAGACUCGCCACGCGUCAAAAAAAAAAAAGGGAAAGGAAAGGAAGCGGCUUCUCCUCCGUCUCGUCUGUGCAGCAGGAGCGCGCGGCUGCCUCCGAGAAAAUGCGGGCGUUGGAGCGUGUGUUGCUGAGGGGCUUCCCCAGCGCAGCGGAGUCACCGCGGUGGAAGCAGAACGAGGCGGCUUCGGCUGCAGAGAGUGGGUCCUUGUUGCAGUUGCUGUUGGAAGGGAAUUAUGAGGCCAUUUUACUAAGUAAAGCAGUCCAGGAUAUUUUCAGAGCACCUGAAGUAGCAGAAGAGGAUACCAUUGCCAGCUACUUAGAAAAGCAGAUUCAAGAUUAUCUGGACUGUUCUUCUGUAGAUACGGAUCCUAUGGAAAGGCAAAGUGUGGUGUUUCUACUUGGUGUGGCAAGCCUGCAGUUGUUUGUACAGAGCAACUGGACUGGGCCUCCUGUUGAAUUGCAACCUCAGGACUUUUUGCAAACUGUAUUACUAGAACAAUACAAUGAGCCCAGUACAUUGUCUACAGCUGUGCUGAGCCUGCUGGUUCUAGAUGGUGAAUCGAUCUAUAGCCUGACUUCCCAUGCUGUCUUGCUGAUGCUAGCUAGAGCAGUGCUUGUGAAUUCAAAGCAUAAGCUAGAAGCUAUACAGACAUUGCCUUGGUGGACUCUACGGUGUGUGAAUAUCCAUCAGCAGUUGUUAGAAGAAAGAUCACCUGAACUUUUUGAUAUUGCCCAGGCCUCUAUACAACAAGUGUCUGAAAUUGAAACUUUAUUUACUGAUGACGAGUGCUGGCAUCUUGCUGUUCAGUUCCACCUGGAGUGCGCUUACACGUUUUUACAUUACUAUGAGUAUAAAAAAGCCAAAGAACACUUUAUUGCAGCCAAAGACAUAACCAAGUUACAGAUUAAUUUAACAGGUGCCCUGGGAAAAAGGACAAGAUUUCAGGAAAAAUAUGUAGCACAGCUCAUAUUAGAUGUUCAAAGGGAAGAUGGCAUCCUCCUUCCUCACCGUGAGCUUAGUCCAGCACCUUCCCCACUUGAAGAUUUAACAAAGAAUUAUGAUUUGAAUGAUGACACAGUGUUAAAUGAAAUAAAGUUUGCAGAAUCUCAUCAGAACCAGAUGCCUGACUUAUGUGCAGAAGAGCUUGCCGUUAUCCUUGGAAUUUGCAUAGACUUUCAGAAGAACAACCCGGUUCAUAAGCUCACAGAAGAGGAGCUGCUUGCUUUUUCAUCAUAUCUGCUUUCACAACCAAAAUUCUGGGCAAUUCAAACUUCUGCUCUGCUUCUCCGUACAAAGCUUGAGAGAGGAAGCAUUCGGCGAGUAGAACGGGCAAUGAAACAGACUCAGGCUCUUGCAGACCAAUUUGAAGACAAGAAAACAUCAAUUUGUGAACGUAUGAAACUAUUUUACAGUUGCCAAGUUCCUCCACAUUGGGCUAUCCAGCGGCAGCUUGCAAGCUUACUAUUUGACCUUGGAUGUACCAGUUCAGCUCUGCAGAUAUUUGAAAAGCUUGAAAUGUGGGAGGAUGUAGUUAUCUGCUAUGAAAGAGCAGGACAGCAUGGAAAGGCAGAAGAAAUUUUGAGGCGGGAGGUAGAGAAGAAAGAAACACCGAGUUUAUAUUGCUUGCUUGGCGAUGUCCUUAAAGACCAUUUUUACUACGACAAAGCUUGGGAAUUGUCAAAGCACCGCAGUGCCCGGGCUCAGCGCUCCAAAGGUCUUCUCCACCUUCGCAACAGGAACUUCAGGGAAUGUAUAGAGUGCUUUGAGAAAUCCGUACAGAUUAACCCCAUGCAGUUAGGUGUGUGGUUUUCCUUGGGCUGUGCCUACUUAGCUUUGGAAGAUUAUGAAGGUGCUGCCAGAGCAUUUCAGCGCUGUGUGAUACUGGAACCUGACAACGCCGAGGCUUGGAACAAUUUAUCAACUGCAUAUAUCAGAUUGAAACAGAAAAUUAAAGCAUUCCGGACCCUUCAGGAAGCUCUCAAGUGUAAUUAUGAACACUGGCAGAUUUGGGAAAAUUACAUUCUCACCAGUACAGACGUCGGAGAGUUUUCAGAAGCUAUUAAAGCUUAUCACAGGCUUAUGGACUUACAAGAAAAGUAUAAAGAUGUCCAGGUGCUAAAGAUAUUAGUAAAAGUAGUUAUGGAUGGAGUGACUGAUCGUAAUGGAGAAACUGCAACAGGGUUAAAGGGGAAACUGCAGGGACUCUUUGGCAGAGUGACUUCUAGAGUGACAAGUGAUGGCGAAAUCUGGAGACUAUAUGCAAGACUCUAUGGGAAUGGGCAGAGUGAUAACCAUGAAGAUACAGAGAAGGUGCUACAGUAUCUCAGCAAAGCACACAAAUGUGAAAUCCAGUCAAAGGACUGGGACAAAGAUAUUUUCUCUUUUAAGAACGUAGUAAAAGGAGCUUUAGAGCUUGCACAUGUGGCAAUGAGGUGCAGCAAAACCAAGUCUAAUCACCAAGAGGCACUGCAAAUUCUCUCUUCGGCUCGACUCAACUUACGUAGCUUGGCAGCCAGAGCAAAGCAACUUUUUGCAGACACAGUGAGUGGUGAAGUUUCCAGUGACCUAGCUGAAGAAGUGGCAGCUAUGGAGAACUUGAUAGCGGAAUUGCAGGAACUUAGCAACCAGCUAAGAAAUCAGACCUGAGAAAAAGAAGAUCCGGUUUCCUGGAAGGAAGGAAGGGCAAAGUUGGCAAACUUCAUUGGCAACAGUUUGAGCUAAUGAGCUUGCAGUAAAUCAGACACCCCAAGCCACUCUCUAAUAAAUAUUUUUCCAUAUAACGUAGCUUCUAAUUGCAGCCAGCAUUGCUAGGACUGUAAAGUGCUUUUAAGGUCAGGCCUGUUCAUUGUCAUUUUUGGUGUUUGUGUGAUUUCUGUUGGCCUGGGUUUUAUAGAACAAAACUGACUGGUUUUUAUUUAGAAGGCCCUUUUAUUUAGGAUUAGUUCUGCUCGAGUGCACCACGUAAUUGGCUUCUGUCCAUUGAUGUGCACUUUGCAGAUAGGAGAGAUUAAGUCCUGUUGAUGUUAGAAGGGAAAAGGGAUGGGGGCACUUUGCUCUUGUUUCUAAUUGAGAUUGGGGGAAGGUCAGAAAGAUUGAGAAAACCAAACAAAAAAACCGAAAUGGCUCUCUUCUGUGGAAUUUAAAACAAAUGUAAGUGUGAAGGAUGUGUCAGUUGUGUUAUCCUUUGGUUUUGUGGUUUUCAGAGCUAAGCAUUCACAGAAAAUGGGCAGCACUUUCCCAAUAAAACUACACAACAAAGGCAGCACAAACAAUAGCUUGCAUCCUAAUCCCCAUCAUUUCCUUUUCUUUCUGGGAAAUGAUGUGUUGUUUUUCUGGUUUUCUAGCAGCCUUUGAGGUUCAAAUGUAACUGGGCAAUCAAUAGUCCCACUUUCCUAAGUUUGACCAAUAGCAGCUACUGGACUUGAUCUGAAAUGGGUCCCAGCUUUCCUUCCUCAUUAAUCUAAAUAUGGGUGCCUACAAGAUCCACCUUUUCUAAACCCAACCAAGGCUAUUUAUUCUGUCUCUAGCAUUGACAGGUCAGGUGCCCCUGCCAAGCCUUUUAACUAUCCCUCUUGUUUAUCACCAGGAUGAUAGUAUGACAUAUAUUGCCUUUUAAAGUGGAGGUGCCAGUCUUAGUGUCAUGGUUUAAUUGCCAUUAGCCUAUUCUCUAUGAAUUUAUCAAAUCCUUUGUGAAAGUUUCUAGAGUCAGUUUGUUUGAAGGAUCUGGUUCUCACAAUCAUAUCCUUACUUCAUAAACUAGAAUUAUGCAUGAGGUGUGUAUGUAUGGGUUGAUGCACAUAGCUCCCAAUGGUGUCUUGAGAGAAUACAACAUUCAGGGAGCAAAACACAAAAAUAUUAUGUUGUUUCUUUUCCUCUCCUCCCCCAUCAAAUCAAGUCAGCUGACUCUGCUUCCCCCUUGUAAACUUACAUUUUACUUUCUGUAAUAAACAUUUUUACAGGACACUUUCCCUUCUCCACAUCCUCCUCCACCAUUGUUCCCUCUGCUUGCUUCUCAGAUGCCAAAGGCACCUGGAAAAGUUAGUAGAAUUGGGAGAGAAAAGAGGGAAAGAGACACUUUCCACUUCCUCCCUCACUCCUAUGUAUGUUUCAAGGCUGAGAUAGCUCCCUUCCCACUUUCAAAAAGGGCGUAGUAGUAGAAUACAGAGCCUUUGAAGACGCUGCCACAUUGGGGGCAGAGUAGCCUUUGAGUGAACACAUAGUUGCCUAACUCAAGAACUGCCCACUUGGCCUGGCAUAGUCUCUGCAAGGCCUCAAUCAUUUAACUGAAACACCACGGAUUGAGCUUGGGACCAUUUGCAUGCAAAGCACAACCUCCACCCCUAAGUUUUCGUCUUUCCGCUUUUGUUUUUCCACGUUCACACUUAAUGUUUUUAGGUGGGAAUGCAGUACAUUUUGUCUACGUCCAAAAAAAAAAAAAAACCAAGCAUGUGAGGAAGCCUGGAUUGUGAGCCACAUUUGGAAAGCCUUUUUUCCUUUUCCUGUUGCACUAUUUCCACGUCCCAGAGGAGCCAUGAUAGGGCAUCCUGUUGUUUCCUUUUCUGCUUACAGAUGAAGUGGGAGGGGAUAUUCACACUGCAGAAGCCGGCUGUAGAGCGUCCAGCUGCAGUAUAGCAACAGAUGACCUUUCUCGUGCAACAGUUCUAUAAUAAGGCCUGGGUUGCAAGCAUCCUUGGAAUGGUGCUUUCUCCAGGAAUGAUAAUUAACGUUCACGGAUGGUGAAGUCACUCCGAGAAGAGUUCAGCGAGUCCUCUGUUAUCAAUUUGUGCAUUCCGCCCCCCCCAGUCAUAACUUAGUGUAAAAAACUGCAGGAUUCACACAAGGAAAAAUCAGUAACAUUGUUAAAAACUUCCUAGGCUGGGUCAUUUUGUACUUAAAGGGGGGACCAACUCCAGUGGUAUACCUCACUCCAGUGACUAAUAUAUGAUUUCUGAUCCACUUCUUCCCCUUUUCGUUCCCAGUCUCAUAAAGACCUCAACCUCAUAAGUUCAACAGCUCCUAUAAAAAAUGCAGAUGGGCAGCAGGGACUGGGGAUGGUGGAAGGACAUAGACCUAGGGUCAGUGCACACAACCUUCCCAUGGGGAUAAGACUUGUAUAGGAACAUAGCAAUUUGCCUUGUAGUGAAUCUGACCAUGGUCUGUCUAGUUCAGUAUUGCCUACACUGACUGACAGUAGCGCUUCAGUGUUGCAGACAUGGAAUCUCCUCAAUCUGAUUUAUAUCCUAUGCCCUUUUAAAAUGUGUUUCUUUGGGGGGGAUUUGGUGGUGGUGGUUGUUUUUAUGAUGUGUUUUGUGGUUUUUAUAUCUUGAUUCUAUUCUGUGAACCACCCUGAUACCCUCAGGUAUAGGGCGGUAUAUAAAUUCAAUACAUCAUCAUCACCCAUCAAUGCUACAUGGAGGUGCCCAGGACUGAACCUGGGGUAUACAUCUGCUAUACCACUGAACAACACUUUCUGCCAGUUUCUUGCAUCUUCCUACCUGUAAAGCCAAGCAGCAUUAACAUUUAGUUCUAGGUUGUUGUUUUUUAUUCAGAUUUCUUUAUACUCACCAUCGAGAAAAUGGUGUAUUGUUUGAAGAGGAGAAGUAUCAUAGAGUCAUAGAGUUGGAAGAGACCACAAGGGCCAAUUCCACUGUUGGAACAGCUCUUACUGUCAGGAAGUUCUUCCUAAUGUUUAGGUGGAAGCUUCUUUCUUGUAGUUUGAAUCCAUUGCUCCGUGUCCGCUUCUCUGGAGCAGCAGAAAACAACCUUUCUCCCUCCUCUAUAUGACAUCCUUUGAUAUAUUUGAACAUGGCUAUCAUAUCACCCCUUAACCUUCUCUUCUCCAGGCUAAACAUACCCAGCUCCCUAAGCCGUUCCUCAUAAGGCAUUGUUUCCAAGCCUUCCAAGUAAAAUGUAAUAUAAAUUCUAGGCAUUUGGAUCAUUUCCCUACAAAAGAAUUGAUAAUAUCAAGAUUUAAUGGUUUUAUCAGGGUAUCUUCCAAACAUUUUAAAUAAAAUCACCUUUUUCAAAGUUUUGGUUUCCAAUAUAUGUGGUUCUGUGAUACUGGGAAAUUAACAAAUCUCUGCUUUGCUGAGUAAUUAUAAAUAUCAGUGAUAUUUCUGUCUUCAAUUGCCAAGAUCCGAAUAGUGUUAAAGGAACAAAUGAGAGAACAAAAAAAUAGGGAUUAGUGGCACACACUUUGGAUUCUUGGUACUUAAAUAAACUGGAGUGUGUCUAGGAAAAAAUUAAACUGGAGACAGGGCUAACUAAUCUGGAAUUCUUGUCAGUAAGAUUACUCAGAUUGGCUGCUGCCUGUUCCAAAGAUCAUUUUUAAAAGCCUAUGGUGACUGGAAAAUAUUAUUUUAAAAUACUGUGCUUGUGUGUUUGUAACAAAGGAAGGGCUAGUAUAAAGAGGAUGCACUUAAACUGUUUAAGCAGUAAAUCUGUUCUUCCAUUAGGUAUGGUGUUUGGAUGCUAUCAUCCUGUUACAAGAGCAUAGCACAACAUUUAACUUAUUAGGAAUACAUUUGUCUUUCUGACCCACUUUUCUAGUAUCGUGAUCUGCAUGGUUCGUAAUGUGGGUGAUUGUAUCUUGGUAAGAUGAUCAUAAUGUCCUUGAAACACACUUUGGCCCAUCUUCUGAGAAACUGUGUCAUGGCAUUUGUUGUAUGAUUUGCCAGUAACACCAAUCACAAAACCUGCACUUCAAUUCAUGUGCCACGGUAUGCAUUAAACUUCAGCUACUGCAAAAGCUUUGAAUCAGUACUAAAUACCUAGGGACCAUUUCCCCAUCCUUCUUGGCUUAGAAGGCUACUUUUGCCAUAACUACUAAGAGUUUUUAUGCUUUAUUUUCUGAUAAGGCAGGAGUGAGGGGAAUACAUGGCCCUCCAGGUGUUGCUAGAUCAUAACUGGCCAUUUAUUCCAUGCCUCUGUUUUAAGGCAAUUAAAUGUAUUAGGCAUGCAGAUAAUUUAAUGUGUGAUAGGACUCGGGUGAUACAUAUGGAUGCAUUCAUGCAACACUAUCCAUGUACUAAGGGACACGGGUGGCGCUGUGGGUUAAACCACAGAGCCUAGGGCUUGCUGAUCAGAAGGUCAGCGGUUUGAAUCCGUGCGACGGGGUGAGCUCCCGUUGUUCGGUCCCAGCUCCUGCCAAUCUAGCAGUUCGGAAGCACGUCAACGUGCAAGUAGAUAAACAGGUACCGCUCCAAGUGGGAAGGUAAACAGCAUUUCCGUGUGCUGCUCUGGUUUGCCAGAAGCGGCUUUGUCAUGCUGGCCACAUGACCUGGAAGCUGUACACCAGCUCCCAGGCAAUAACGCGAGAUGAGUGCCGCAACCCCAGAGUCGGUCACGACUGGACCUAAUGGUCAGGGGUCCCUUUACCUUUACCUAUCCAUGUACUGUACAGUCCUUGCCCAAAGUUCUCACAGUCUGAAGUUUGAAAGUGAGCAGGAAAGGUUCAGGAUGGGGAGCAGUUAUAUGUACUUUUUGUGACUGGACAUUGAGACAGAGCAGGGGGUUGUGAGGGCUUCAUGGAACAGUAGGUUUUGAGGAGAGCUGUGAAGGAAAAUAGGUGACAGUGGCACUACACAGGUGUUCUCAAACCUGGAAUUCCAUCCCGGGAGUGGCAAAGAAGAAUAUAAGCCAAGCUACUUUAAGAAAGCAGGAGGAAAUCAGUGUGCUUGCUAUUUACCAAGUGGUUACAUUCCACAGUACACAUCCAAAUACUUGGUAAGCCCAGUGGCUGUAACAUUCUGCCAAUUGGUGAAAACUGCCACUCUAUUCCACAAAUUCUGCAAACGUGGAUAUGUGGCAUAUUUUCUCUGUGAUUAUCUAAUUUGGCACACAGAUAGUUCAACAAUGUGUAAAACCUAAGAGGACAUCUGUCACAAAUGGAAAAACAAUGAACUCAUAACAGUCCAAGCAACAGUGCUGUGCGACACAGGAAGGUUUUUCUUAAAUGUUUAGAAGUGCUUAUAAAUAGAUAGGUUUCAAUCAACAAGAAGCUCAUUCAGGCAUGCACUCAAAUAUAGUAGCAGCAUUCAUUAGACAAACAUUUCUGCUAAUCCCUGGGCUAUGCUAAUAAAAGAGUGAUCCUUCUAGACUGCAGAUAGUUCAACUCCUAUUAUUUAAGCCUAAUGACAAUUGUAUUAAAUUUGAGCAAGUGUCCCACUCAGCUUAAACUAGAGAUCUCAUUAAAAUGGUUGUGGAAUAGACAUUUCUCUAGCUGAGAAAAAUUAAAAUGCAUGUGAGAUUUAUGUGGGUUUUUAAAAGCUGUAGAACUUUUCCUCCCCAGUACCUACCGGUAGUUAUUCAGAAUACCCCAUUUGACACACACACACACACACACACACCCCAAAGUAAAUAAAUUGUAUUUGUAGCAACAUAAUUACCAUUGCCACUGGCUCCAGGCAGGACAUUGUGUCAUACUUGGCACAAAGCCCCAGCUGAGUGCAGCAUAACCACAUAAUACCAAUCCUGAAAGAACUUCAUUUCUGGGCUGAAAUCAAGGUGCAGGUGUUGACCUACAAAACUUGAGAAUUAGGUAGCUAAUGGAACACCCAAGCCUGUUAUCAGCCUGUCUGUGUCCUUAGUUCAUAGGAGAGAACCCCAUCUCAUUCUGCUGCUAGGGGAAGUAUAUUAAGCGGUGACACAAGAAGGCCUUCUUCAUGGUGGUAAACCAACUCUAGAAUGCCAUUGUCAACUUUAUUUACAUUCUAGCACCAGGCUAAGCCCCACCUGCUUAUUCAAACAUUUUGAGUGGUUACUCAGUCACGACUGGAUUUACUGCAGAAUAUCUGUUCUUGCUGCUCAUUGUUUUGGGGUCCCCUUCUUUUAUGGUUUAUUAUUUUCAUAUUACUAUUAAAAAUUUAACUAAGUAACCAAAUGUCAAAUCUCCCCACAAACAGGUAGGGGUCAUUCACAUUAUGUGUUUCCUCCACCCUUGCCAGCAGCAGCCAAUUAUCUGGGGAUGGCAGGUCAUGAGGGUUGGGGCAUUGAAGCUGCAGGUGAGCAUCUGAGUAUAAAUGAUCUUGCACAUUUCAAAGGAGAGUGGGGAAAACUUGCCACAAGAUGCUGGCUUCCGUGGCACUCCCCUGUUGCGUAUCAUAUGUGGAUCUGCUCCAGUACAAUUAAUGUGGCUUAGAGCUGCCUUUGAAGUUGAUAACCUUCAGAUGUUUGGGACUACAGCUCCCAUCAGCCCCAGCCAACAUGGACAACAGGCAGACAGGAUGGAAGUUGUAGUCCAAAGCAUCUGGAAGACACAAGGUUAGGAGAAGGCUGGACCACUGGAGACUCACGCAGAGAUAAUCCUGUGGAGAACUUGCACUAUUUACACGUAUACGCAUAAGGUUGCUCUCUGGCCUAGUCCUAAAUAUGGAUAUUAUAUCUGACUUGCAUUUAUGUUUGUUUUUAAAGAAACCUUAUGAACAAAUUGAAUGAUUUCUCAUGAAAACUGCUUUGUAUAAAUGUCUCUUUAAGCUUGCUCUCAUAUUUAAAAAAGACCCUUUGUGGUUUUUAGUUUCUUGUCACCUGAAUGCAAUUUUCCUUGCCUGCAUCAUCGCAAAAGAUUUUCCUCGUGGCUGGUAUCAGCCCCCCUCUUGCCCCCCUCUUCUUCCUGCCUUACUGUAAACUCUAGUGACCUGCAAGUCUUACUCAUCUACACCAUCCCUUGGCCCAAAACAAAUGCAAUGAUCUCUGCAAAACAGCCAAGAUUUGUGACAGCCAGCACAGUAUUAAUGGCGCUAAAGUGCUUGCUUAUAUAAAAGGGAGUUGGAAUAUUUAGAGGCAUCACAACUAAAACAAACCAUUUAAUAUCAUUAGCAGGGGAAUCAGGGAAUUAACCCUAGGGUGGCUGCCAUUUUCCAGAUCUGCUCAAAUACUAUGUUUUUUCAACCUUAAUGACAGGCAUGCACCCAAAUGUGUCCCCUUUUGGUGCUUCACUGUUUUUGGAGGGCUGCCUGCUUUUGACACUCCCUUACUUUCUACUCAGGUCAGUCUGACUUACCUCUCCACACAUAUUUUUCACUUUAUUUCCCUUUAAGAUAAUGGUCAAACUGUUGGCAGCUUUGUCUACUAUGGAAGGCAGCGGCUGGGGGAGUGGGAGGGGUAGUUCUUCUUCUUUUACUUGGCUUGGAUUUUGCUUUUAUUGCCCAUCCCACAAAUGAAUCCAGUUCAGUGGCGAUGGUCAGAAACCUCUGUAGGACAAAAAAAAUGUAAUUAUUAAAGCCAGCCAAAACAAAAUUAAUAGAAACUAAAAAGAACCAAAUCAGCAAAACCUGUGGUGAACACAAGCUGCCACCUGUAAACUCUUUGCAAACAUUGGCUGAGCUACUGCCAUGUCGCAGAAGCCUGGGAAGGCAAUGUGAACGGUAUUCUCAUGUUUUGCACUUGAACACACAGUGUUAGAAUAUACCUAUGUGAUCCAAGGACAUGCAAAUAUAGGAAAACUAGGCACAGUUUUGUUAGAUCUUCUUACUAUAUUAAUUAGAGGUUUGGGGCUUUUGAAUAACAAGGCAGUGAAAAUGACAGUGUGGACGACUUGGGCAAUAAGGCUUUUUAUGGUCCAAUUACUGUAACAUGAAAAAACCUGCAGAGAUACUACAUUACAGCAAUGUUGAAACAUCAGCACAUACAAGGCAAACGAGCGUAUUGUAGUGGCUAUAGUAUGAAUCCAGAAGUCCUGUGUUCGUAUCUUGCCUCUCAGGCGCCUACCGUAUAGGCAACAUGUGUUUUUCCCUUUCGCAGGCAAUAAGAUGAUAAUACUGGUCUACAAUACAGGAUAGAGUAAGUACCUAUUAAAGCACUUAAUGAACUCCUUUGCUAGAUUUGUGCAACAAUACUACCUGCUCCUUUGGCUCAUGGAUAUUCAGAUCAAUGCGCAUUUACAGUUUUUACCAGGAACACUUCUGUGAAACCGAUAUACAGUGGUGCCUCGCUUAACGAAAGGAUUUUUCGAGCGAAGCUUGCCUCGCUAGACGAAUGCGUUUUAUGGAAAAAUUCGUCUAGCGAAUCGCGGUUUCCCAUAGGAAUGCAUUGGAAUUCAAUUAAUGCGUUCCUAUGGGCAAAAAAACCUAAAAAAAAAUUUCAAUGCAUUCCUAUGGGAUUCGCUAGGCGAAUUUUUCGCUAUAAGAAAAGACCCGUGGAACGAAUUAAUUUCGUCUAGCGAGGCACCACUGUAUAAACCAAUAAAAGUGGCCCAGCUGCAAAGCUGUACAAACUUCAGGAACACGGCUAAGACUUUCUUGUACCAGUAAGCAUUUUAAGGUAUUGGGAGAGAUUUAAUUAAGUUGUUGCAUGCAUGGAACGAGGUCCACUCACACAACAGGACCUCCCCUGUCUCUUCCCCCAUGCCCCCUAAAAUCUCUGGAUGGUUGGGGGGGAAACGCAGAAAAAAGGGAGAUGUCUCACUGCAGGAGCAAACCUUUCUCCUUGCACACAUACCCCAAUUCCUUGCACGCUACAUUGAAUUCUUCCCAGAGUUCGCUUUUAUGAUAAAUCUUUAUUAUUCCACUUUCUAUGGAUUAUUUGUAUGCUGGUUAGAAAUACAAAUAUGUAAGUGGUCUAGAAAUGUCUUAAAUAAAUCUAUAGCAUGCACCAAGAAAAGAUUAGUUAAAAUGCUUGAGGCCCAAGAGAAUGGCAGCUCUUUUAAGUAUUUUUAGCUCUGAAGUUAGGCAGGUGAGGGCCUGGUAAGUGUCUGAAUGUGACACUGCUGUGCAGCCCUAUAUAACCAACGCUUUGAUCUGUUGAUUUUGAAUGAAAUCCCAAAAUGAGUGUAAUAUAUUUUCAUUUCUGAGACUAUUAAUAGUUUAGAACUCUUCUAACUAUUAUCAUUUAUCAGAGUUAAAGUGUGUGUGUGAGUGAGUGAGAGAGAGAGAGAGAGAGAGAAGCCCAGCAUAAUGGAAAACGAAAGGGGUGUCUCCACAAAUUUUACCCUUUCCAUUUGGCAAACCAUGUCCUUGACAAGAGUAUUGCUUUUUAAUUUCCUGCCUUGCUGGUUUGUGCUUAUUGCCCUCCCCAAUGAUCUCAGUUCAGCUCUGAGAGUUGUGCUUUUAGUGCUGAAGAGCAAGGAUUGGGAUGUUGUGCAUAAGUCUCUCCUAAACGUUGACCUCAGUCAACACCCCCCAACUAUGAAGUCGCAGUUUGAAUACAUGGCCUAGAAAACCUGUCAGCAUCUGCCAG